AUGACUGAUAGCGGCAAGUGUGCAUUUGUUCUUGGGAUCGAGCUUUUGGACGGUGAAGAUGGCAGUGUGACACUAUGUCAGCGUCGGUAUGUCGAUGAUAUCCUCAAGCGCUUUGGCAUGGAUGAUUGCAAGGCAGUCGCAAGUCCAGUCGACAUGAGCUCUCGAAUUGUUUCAAGUGAUGCAACUACCAAGGUCGAUGCUCCUUUUCGCGAAGCUGUUGGUGCGUUGAUGCACCUGACCACUGCAACGCGUCCGGACAUUGCGUUUGCUGUGGGCUAUCUGUCGCGGUUCAUGGAAAAUCCCCAAGAAGAACACUGGGUUGCAGUUAAGCGUAUCUUUCGCUACCUACAAGGCACUAAGACGCAUGGAAUUUGCUACAAGCCAAGUGCAAGGAUCGACUUCCGUGGAUAUUCGGAUGCGGAUUGGGCUGGUGAUCUUACCGACCGCAAGUCAACAUCGGGGUACACGUUCAUGCUACUCGGUGCGCCAGUGAGUUGGGGCAGCAAGAAGCAGCCAAGUGUUUCGUUGUCCACGACUGAAGCUGAAUACAUCGCACUCAGCUUGGCGAUUCAAGAGGGCAAGUGGAUUCAUCGUCUGCUUUGUGAGAUCAUGAUGGCUGCCAAUGAAGAAGGACCGGAGCUCAUGAUACAUGAAGACAAUCAGUCGUGUAUCAAGAUGACGAAGAACCCAGUCAACCACGGCCGUGCCAAGCACAUUGAUAUCAAGUACCAUCACAUCCGUGAUGAGGUCAAGCGCGGUGAAGUGAAGCUCAAGUACUGUGAAACUGCGGUGAUGUUAGCGGACAUCAUGACGAAGGGACUUCACGGGCCACGCCACAAGGAGACGACGGCGGCUCUCGGGAUUUGUGCGUGUUCGCAUUGA